AUGACAUGGCGAGAUACUACAUCAUUAAGUUAUGUCUGUUGUGCAUGGAGACGUAUAGUAAUUGAAGCAAAACAAUGUUUUCCAGAGUGGCGUACUACAGUCUUAGGUCCCUCAAGUACUACUCGUGAAAGUCUCAAAUUGCUCCAGACGAACCACUUAAAUUGGGCCGACACACGAUUUCCACCAAAUUUAAUACUAUUUUUGGUUGCUAGUCAAGAUUCUACUUCAUGGCGACGUGGCAAGUUUUGGAUUGAAGCAAUUACUACAAUUGAAAAAGCGCAUUUGUUACCUGCAAACUGUCAAUUCAUCGGCAUCUAUACGAUGCACAAAGUAUUGGGAAAUGAAAUAAGUAUUGAAAAUAGUAAUGGAAUAGUACUAUCCGUCUCGGUCGCACAUUUUCCAGACACGACAUUAGAAUCAGCCGAAUAUGAUAGAAAAGUGGUGAAAUGGUCUCAACAAGGACUAAAACUCAAUGACCCAUUUUCAGAUUUAAAAGAUGAUACAAUCCCGUGUUUCUUACUAUUUGGAGUUAAUACCCAAAGUGCAGAUCAACUUGUACAAAUUGUUGAAAAUUGGUACCCUGGAGCUGCAAUUAUUGGAACAGUCUCCAAUGUCACGGAUCGAUGUCUUCCUCUUGUCUCCUACUGUAAAAGCAAAUGUCAUGAUUCUCAACAUAUUCAACUUCAAAAGCAACGUCAACUUCAUUUUCCUUGUACAAUGCUUGUUCGUGUUCAUGGUAACGUGAGUUUUCGAUCAUUUUCUGCAAAUGGGUACGAUCCAAUCACACCAAUCAUUCAAUGUAAUCGUGUUCAUCUUGUAGACGAAUUCAAGCAUAUUAUGAUGUAUGACAUCGUUUCAAUGGAAGAAUUACACUCUCGUUUACUCGAUUUAUUAAACCCAUCCGAUCGACUGAAAAUUCAACAAGACAGUGCACUCAAUCUUGUUUCAUGUUCCAAUAAAGUACCACUUGAACAUCUCAUGAACUCUAGCAAUCGAGAUUUUACUUCUUCAGAACGUUUCACUUGCUUGGAUGUUACCAUUUCAGUAGAUGAAACCAUUCAAUCCCAAUCCAUUUGUUGGUCUGAAGGAGAUUAUGGAAUUUUAACUUUACAUGAUUCAACCAAGACAUGGUCAGCACUUAAUCAAGCAUUUCAACACCUUCAGUCCAAUUUAUUUGAAGCUAAUGAACAAGCAUUUGGUGCUUUCAUCACUGGAGGAUCUAUCACGAAAGUUGAUGAGAUCGACUUUGUGAAUAAUGUUCGUCAAGUUUGGACUCACGUGUUUCAAGACCUUCCAGUUGGUGGAUAUAUUGCUAGUACCUCUGUCGGUCCUCUAGCACUUUUUCGAGGUCUUUCAUCACCUUGUCACAAUACAAUACAGAUUAACACAAUCUGCGGAGCCAUCUUUUACGUCAAAAAACGUCACAUUUGCAAUCGAAAUCAAUAA